GGAGAAAAAGAGUACGUGGGAGAAAUCCACGAAGAUGCCUGUAUCUGUUCACAAGACACAAGUGUCGUCUACUGACAGAUAUGAAAGCAGAGAGGAUAAGAAGCUGACAGACCCAAACAACCAUUGUCCUCUACAUAAGAAACCACACCCUCUGAAGAAAUGCAGAAGCUUUAGAGAAAAGAGGAGCGCAAACAGCUCUUAAAGGAACAUUCCUUCUGCUUCCGGUGUUGCUCCUCUACUGGUCAUCUCGCCAGAAACUGCACGGCUGAGGUGAAAUGUAUAGAAUGUGGGAGCACGGGUCACGUGUCAGCACUACACCCAAGAGCAGCAGUCUGGAAACCUAAGCCCUCUCCUCCCUCUUCAGAGCACGUCGGGGAGGAAGACAAAGCAGACCAUCAGGUCACAUCAAGGUGCACACAAGUGUGUGGUGAAGGUGCCUUGUAAGUGUGUAUCCAGCUGGUCGCUCGGAAGAGGCCAAGAAAAUGUAUGCAAUACUGGACGAGCAGAGUAAUUGUUCCCUGGCACGCUCUGAGUUCUUCAACAUUUUCAAAAUCACAGGGCCUUCCUUCCCUUACACACUGGAAACAUGCUCUGGACUAACUCAGACAACAGGGAGAAGAGCUAGUGGGUUCAUAGUGGAGUCAGCAGACAAAAAGCUAAGCUUUCCUUUGCCUACACUUUUAGAGUGCAACCAAGUUCCCAACAACCGCUCCGAAGUCCCUACGUCAAAUGCAGCUCAUCACUAUGCUCACCUGAAGUGCAUCGCCGACGAAAUACCACCUCUCGAUCCUAACGCUGACAUACUCCUCUUGCUGGGCAGAGACAUUCUUAGGGUCCACAAGGUCCGUGAGCAGAUAAGUGGUCCAGACAAUGCACCGUUCGCCCAAAGGCUGGACCUGGGAUGGGUUGUCGUUGGUGACGUGUGUCUAUAGCAGGUUCUCACAAACCACUAGAGGUGAACAGUUACAAGACGUCUAUCUUGGAGAAUGGUCGUACUAGCCAUCUGCAGCCAUGCAACAACCAAAUCAAGACACCAUACCAUUCUUACUGAGGGAGAAGAACCUGUGCCCCUACAGUCUGCCGAUUCACCUUUUUAUCAGUGCCCAUUCUGCUCUUAUAAGACUGCAGAAAGGCAUUCGGUGAUUAACCACAUAAAAAAAUCAUGCAACGGUGAAACAUAAAGAGUUCACCAUUGCUAGAUGUGGUCUGAAGUGCCGCUCAACUACGCACUUUCACUGUUGCUAUUGUCCAGCUACACUAAUUAGAAGAGACCAAAUCACCAAGCACCUCUCGAGUCACAGUGUGUUGGACAAUACAAUAACUGGAACCCUGCAAACUCUGGUGGCACCACAGACAAUCAAGACACCGCAAGGUAACCUGCAGACUCCGUUGGCACCACCGACAGUCAAGACCCCGCAAGGUAACCUGCAGACUCCGGUGGCACCACCGAAAGUCAAGACACCGCAAGGUAACUUGCAGACUCCAGUGGCACCACCGACAGUCAAGACACCGCAAGGUAACUUGUAGACUCCAGUGGCCCCACCGAAAGUCAAAACUCCAGUGGCAGUCGAAACACUGCAAGCCAGGGAGGCAAUUGCCCAGCCACCUCCUUUUGCACAUGCAAAGAAGCACACAGAUCUUCCUCUUGCUUGGCAACACAAAAAAAGAGACGUUGUUAAAUGUGAGCAAUGUAAUUUGGAAUUGAAGAAAACAAAAUUGAGAACUCAUAUAAGAAGGAAACACACAGAUCCUUUGGACAACAUUUCUGAAGACCGUUAUCUCAGGUCACAGUUUGUAGAUGUUAAAAGAGGGAUCUUUGCUGUGGAGAAGUCUUUCCACGGCCCAGCAACCCCAGUUCAUGUCAUCAAAAAUACUUGGUCACAAACACAGAGGUCAGAGUGUGAGGUUGAUCAGUGUAAUUGAAAUGCAGACUUUGCAUUUAGAAGUGGUCUCCUCCCAUUUGAAUGUCACCACAUUCGGUCCUUGUGCUUUUGUCCUCGUGCCAAUGUACCAAAUGUUGCUCUGACUGAAAAGGAACUGUGUGUAAUGGUUCAAAACCAUUGGUUUGGGGAAAAUCGUAAAAAAUAACUUUUAAAGAAACAAGAAGAUGCUAAAGUGGAGGAUGCACCCCUAUCAGCUCUUCUAACUGUUGGUGGUCCCCAGACGAAGUUGCAUAUCUCUGUUUUUGAACCUUCAGUGUCAUACUACAGCAGGCUUGGAAGGGUUGUUGUGGCAUAUGACACAAAGAAAAACACUUGGCAUUGCCCUUGUACGAUUUCCAAAAAGUCAUGCAUCCACAAGGCUAUAGGCAAAUGGCAUCUUUUUGAGACAAGGAGGGACCUAUUCAAAAGAGUUAAGAGUACAGAAGAGAACUCUUCACUGAAUGAAGGCCAACUGAAGCACUCUGUCAGUGAUUGGGUAAUUUUCUUUGUCAGAGGUAUUGAAAGGAUUUUGAAAUACAUCACGUCUCACAAAAAAAUACCACCUGAACUUCCCGUGACACUGGUUGCAAACUCCAGAAAUGCAAAGGCUUCACUUGGAUUUCCAAAGCAUCUUGUUCCUGCUGAGGUCACUUGCAAGGAAUGUGUUGAACAGAGUGUCCUCAGCGACCCCCAGUUGAUCACCAGUAAAGCGAGGAUUAUAACAUGCUCUGGCAUAGUUGAAGGCAUAUCGACAUACAAAAAGACAUGUCCCAGUUGCGGUAUGGUCUACCGCUAUCAGGAGUGGCAGGAUGGAAUCCACAAUUUCGAUAACCACAUGAUGCUCUCUCUACAUUUGUGCCUUACUUUAAGAAAUGCAUUACAGACCCACACUGCAGUUAGCCGUGUAAUUGGGAUUAUUGAGGCAACUGAGGGAGAGUCCUUCCCUAACAAGGAGAAGGUGCUACAGGCGUAUCUCUCCUUUGAAGCCCUCUCUGAACAUGACUACACAUAUGCCUGUGUUUCCUGUGGGUAUCACCCUGCAACAGUUGUCAUGGAUCUUCAUAAGAAGGGCGUUUUCAGUAUGCCUGUGAAAUCCAAAAUCCACCUCAGCAGUAUGAUGGUAGAGUCAAUGUGAAAUCCUAAACCGUGGUUUCUACCCCAGUGACGGCAAGAAUCCAUUCAUUGUCCGUCCAAGUUAUCAAAACUGGGCACCGUGGAUUGGACAGCAUACCAGACAGUCAGAUAUUGUGUUCAACACGGAGUAUGCCAAGAUCCAUGUGCCAGAUGUCUCCACUGAUGCGGACGAGCGGGUGACAGAAGAGCGACUGGCUGAUGAGGUGUUAAACCUAAAGGUAGCAGAGGUUAGGGCUCUAUGUACUGUAAGCAGUGUGGCCUCGACAGCAAGGGCUCUAAGAUGGACCUUGUCCUUCGUCUUCGUGAGAAAAUGGCCAGCAGGACGACAUAUAAUAAAGUGUUUGAGAAAGUCUGGGGUGCCUCUGGUGGUUGGGCUGUAGUAAUGUGCCCAUGUGGAGUCGUGUAUUCUGUAAAGUUUAAUCUCAGAGCUGAGAGUCCCAAAGACUUCACCGACAUGCUUCUGUCAUGGAAACAUUUUCCAAAUGUUACAGUGUAUGACUACGCAAGGGGGCUGGCCAGUCAUGCCAACUGCCGACAACCACUGGAUCCUCCCUUCCAUCCACAUGAGGGGAGGUUACUUCAUCCCUCACCAAAGAACAUCAAACUGGCUGCAGAGAGGAAGCUUAGGGUAGAUUUGGCAUGGCUUAAGCACAGGAAAGAGGAAGAGGACAAGGACUGCCAUCCAAUCACUGGAUCGUCUGAUCAUUAUGCUUUGCUUGAUGUUUUCCAUCAAUGCAACAGCAAAGAUGACAGGGAUCUCCUUCGGAGAAUUGAACUUGUUCCAGAGCUUGCUGGGCACAUUAACAGCCUGUGUGCUGAGCAGUUAUUCUCCGGGAUGCGGAAAAACAAUUAUUUCCUUAAUAUGCUCACACCCUCUGCACACAUCUUCCUACAGAGGGAUAUCUUGCACCUCUACAAUGUGGACCGAAAUAACAAAGUGAAAGAACAGUUCAAGACAAUUGUGGGAAGCAAUACUGCGUUUAGCCUUGAUGUUAAUGGAAGAAUCACCUUGGGGCAUCAAAGCAAAGAGACGACGACCCCACAACUGACUCUUCAUACAGUAAAGGCCCACCAGUCCUGUUGGGGACAGAAGCUGACUCAAACACAGGAAAAUAUGCUUUCACAGGUAUUGGACAGCAGAGGAAGCCCAGAUGAACGCCUUGCCUAUUUAAACAACCAGAUCCUUACACGCACUGACUUUUGGACUUUGGGACGACCACAGGAUGUUGAAGGGAUGAUCCUAAACAGCUGCCUCAAGGUCAUAGAGAAUCUGGCCAAUCACCAGGUAGUGAAGUUGCAUACCUUUUCCAAUAUAAAUGUAUCCCCUUCUGUUUAUAAUCUUUUCUGGACUGAAAUAACAACUGUCUUACAGGGCAUCAAAGUGUUCUUGGCAAACAGCUAUGUCGUUCACACUUGGUUUAUACCAAGUGUGCAGAAUCCUGAACAGCAUCUCCCGGAUAAAGCAGACGAUUUCCAGUGGAUUCUGGUUCCUGUGUGGCGCCCAGGGCAUUGGACAAUAUGUCUCUUGGCCAACCUGUUCGGCAUUAUUCCACUGUUGGUGGUUCUGCAGUUCUGCAGUGUUCAAAAACAAGUUGCUCUGCUUGUGUCACCUGGACCCUGGAGAGAAUUCUGUGCAAACGACAUUCAAGGCAUACCAAGACAACGGGCCUGUGGGGUGUUUGUGCUCAUGUAUGCCCUCUACUUUGUGAUGGAGUCAGCUUUUGAUUUCAGUGAGUUGGACAUGGAGCAUUUAAGGAGAUGGUGGUGCAUGCUACUCAUUGACAACUUCCCCGUGACAUUCGAAGGCAGAAGAUCAACCAAAAGACGACUGGAGAGGGAAGACUGCGAAGACAGUCCCAGGAAAAAGGACCCACUGGCAAAGACGGCUGCAGAAAUUCUUGUCAGCUCUGAAGAGGAGGAUGGAGAGAAGCACCCCUUUAUAAGUAGUGCUAUGGCGGCAUCUCAGUGGUGCUCUGCAAAGAAUAUGGGAGAUAAAGUCAUCCUGCCACAAAUUCUUUCCAUGGCCCCACUGGACAGAGAAGCAGCUCUCCUUAACCUUGGUGAAGCCAGCAACCUGCGGGACGAAGACAGCUGGGAAGACAGGAUGGACCCAUUUAUGUUCAGGUUCAAAUUUGAGUCGGACUAUUUAAUGUUUUUUGAGCAGUACAUUGACAAAGAAAACCUUAAGGUUCAUACCUGUUUUGAAGAGCGCGGUUGAAUGUUUGCAUCAGCAAAGCCUUUCACUGUUGUAUAGAUUUUUUUUUUGUAUACUUGGUUUGGUUUUUAUAUUUACUGUAUUUGCUUUUUCGGUUCUGUUAUCUUAAUGAUUGUUCUGUUAUAUGAUAAAUGUUGUAAAUAAUAAAUGCUUUUUCUAUCAUUCUA